UACGUAUUAAAAGAAAAGAAAAAUAAAAAACUCGUUCCCAACCUUCUCUUCUGAUCCAUCUGUGUUCCUCCUCUCCUUCGUCCUCCAUACAUCUCGUUCUCGCCCAGUGCUCUCCGGUCAAUCGACUCCGGAAUCAAUCUGAGGCCUAUUUUCACCAUGCCAACGGAUCACGCUGAGCUCACCACUGAGCAGGUUUUGACAAGGGAUAUCCCAUGGGAGACUUACAUGACAACAAAGCUGAUCACAGGAACUGGUCUUCAACUGUUGAGGCGCUAUGAUAAGAAGGCUGAAAGUUACAAAACCCAACUGCUGGAUGAUGAUGGUCCGGCUUACAUCCGUGUGUUUGUCAGCAUCCUACGUGACAUUCUCAAGGAAGAAACAUUGGAAUAUGUUUUAGCUUUAAUUGAUGAAAUGCUUACUGUUAACCCAAAAAGAGCAAGAUUAUUCCAUGACAAGUCUCUUGCAGAUGAAGAUACUUAUGAACCUUUCCUAAGACUGCUCUGGAAAGGUAACUGGUUUGUGCAAGAGAAGAGUUGCAAGAUACUUUCUUUGAUAGUAAGUGUCAGGCCUAAAGUUCAGGAAGAUGGUGUUGGGAAUGGGGAUGCCUCAAAUUCAAAAAAGAAAGUCACUACCAUUGAUGAUGUUUUGAAGGGACUUGUUGAGUGGCUUUGUAUGCAGCUGAGAAGACCCUCACAUCCUAGUCGUGGCAUUCCAACUGCAAUCAAUAGCCUUGCAACUCUGUUGAAAGAACCUUUGGUGCGAUCAUCAUUUGUUCAAGUUGAUGGAGUGAAGCUGCUUGUUCCUUUAAUUUCUCCAGCUUCUACUCAGCAAUCUAUCCAGCUCCUCUAUGAAACAUGCUUAUGUGUUUGGCUUUUGUCUUACUAUGAGCCUGCAAUUGAGUACUUGGCAACUUCGAGGGCCUUGCCACGGUUAAUAGAUGUUGUUAAAGGUUCAACCAAGGAAAAGGUUGUCAGAGUUGUUGUCUUGACUCUGAGGAAUUUGCUUCACAAGGGGACGUUUGGAGCACUUUUGGUGGACCUGGGAGUACUGCAUAUUGUUCAGAACUUGAAAGCACAGGCUUGGAGUGAUGAGGAUCUUUUGGAGGCUCUCAACCAACUAGAAGAAGGACUGAAAGAUAACAUUAAGAAAUUGAGUUCAUUUGAUAAGUACAAGCAGGAGGUCCUUCUCGGCCAUCUUGAUUGGUCCCCUAUGCAUAAAGAUCCUGCAUUCUGGAGGGACAACAUUACAAAUUUUGAAGAGAAUGAUUUCCAGAUCCUGAGGGUCCUUAUUACAAUUUUGGACACAUCCAGUGAUCCAAGAACACUUGCUGUUGCUUGCUUCGAUCUGUCACAAUUCAUUCAAUGCCAUCCAGCUGGGCGGGUAAUUGUGACUGACCUCAAGGCUAAGGAACGAGCAAUGAAACUGUUGAACCAUGAAAAUCCUGAGGUUACCAAAAAUGCAUUGCUAUGCAUCCAAAGGCUUUUCUUGGGUGCAAAGUAUGCCAGCUUUUUGCAGGUUUAGCCAUCAUCUUCUCUCCUUGUUCAGCCAAAAUAAAUGCACCAAUAAUCCACUUAGAUUGUGAAGGUGUAACAUGAGUGUCAUUAUUUCAGUACUCCAUCCUCUAAGGCGGACAUUCCUUUUUAUACUUGUGAGGGUAAUGUUUGCAAGAAUUAUUUAUUUUGGUACGUACAGAGUUCUACCAAUCAGACAAUUUCUCAAUGUGUUUGGAAUAAUGUUUGAAUCAUCAUGCCAAUGUGUUAUGUAUAAUAAUGUAUUUGUGGUGAUGCAUUCUUAAGAAAAUCUUAUGUUAGAAAAGGA